UCACGCUUUCCGCCAACUCUCGCCGACAACCACCUCACACAUAACAUCAACACACACACGCAUACUCGAUCCCCUUCCACUCUGACACUCUACCUAUCUAUCUAUCUAUCUUCUUCAAAGCUACCGAAUACUAGCCCGAAAUUCGACUUCGGUAUCAACUUUCUCUCCAACACCACAGCACCUACAUUCCAUCCGUACAAACCGUGAUCGCUGCCCUCAUGGCGCCGAUUCGCCGCUACCUCCGGAUCAGCAAAUACACCGUGCUCGAGUGCCGGAUCUACCUCGAGAAGCCCUCCGACAUCCGAUGGCUGCUCAGCAGCCGUGACCCCGUCCUGCAACGGAUCUUUGCCGCCAUUCGACCCUUGGUCCUGCCCAAGUUACGCGAAGAAAACGAGCGACUUUAUGCCCGGAAGAAAGGCAAGCCCGUCAAGGAUGUCAUCGCAGAAGAUGACUUCGAAGUCGCCCUGUUCCUUCGCGAAUCUCGAACACGCCACUCUCUAUUGACGCGACACAAGGAGUUUGAACAAGACGCAAUCAACGGCCAGAACAAGCUGCCAGGUCAGGCGGGGGCCGAUGGCACCGCCGGGGGUCAUAUUCUGGUCGAAAGCGAUGACGAGAGUGACCUGCGGAUGCAGGAUAUCCCCGAAGCCGGUGCGGUCGAAGAAGGCAAUGCCGGAGGGAAACGUGCGCGAGCGACGGAGGAGCGGGACGAGUCCCCGGAUGAUCGACGCACUUCCAAACGGAGGAAAGAGGAGGAUUCGAUACCACAGAUAGAUGAGACCGAGGACAAGAAGAUGCAGUUCAAAACGAACUAUGAGGGGUUCAACAUCUACGGCUGGGUGCUGUGUCUGCUCGUCACACGCAAAAGUGACGGGGUGACCGCGGCGCCUGGCUCCUCAGAGCCUGGUCGCCAGGUCCUGAUGGAAGAAUGGAUUUCUACACAGGCUCAAGGUGACCUGAUUGAGGACUGAGUCUGAAGAAUUGCUUGGACAUGUGCGGGGUAGAUGGGCCUAUCGGUCGGUGAUAGCCAGCGCUGACUCUCGGAUCCGAUGGUCGGCAGACCGAACGUGCAAUCUCGUCCGCGUCGACUUUGCUUAGCUGUAAGAGGCAAG